UAGUCUGCCUUGGUAUUGAUGAUGGUCCGGCGUCCGCCCAGGCUGGUUAGGUUUCUUACAUUAGGGGUCUUACCGCUGAUUCGCUAAUGCCCGACCUUCAAGUGCCGAGGCAUUUCGAGGGGUCAUCUUACUGACUUCGUCGAGGCUCGCAUCACCUAGCCUACUAAUCAGAUCGCGGAGAGAUUCAAUCAAAGCAUCUCCGUGAUGAAUUGGUUGUCGACUCCUCCAUCACCCAGAGCUUGUGAAUAAGAGACGUGAUUAAAUCUAGAGCUUCUUGCACAAAGGCCGCCGAUCCGCGCAUCCGCCUAGACAUAACGAUACUCAGGGUGUACAUCAAGAAAACCAAGCACACUUCCAACAUGGGCGCGGAAAAUCACAAGGCGGCGUCAGUGACGCUGUUGCACCCGAAGUCUGUCGAGGCGAAGAAGGAGGCCGUCCAUGCACUGGUAUCUCAAGCCUCCUUCUUCCGGCUGCCGGAAAUGGAAUGUCUUGCAUACACUUAUUUUCAACCGGCCACCAGACCCAAAGCCAACCUGGGCAUGGUUCCUUCCGACGAAAAGGACACAUUAGUCGGGGUUGUACAGACAUUUUCCAGUCCCAAAGCAGUCGAACAAGCAGGACAGUACUUCAAGCUGAAGAGUCCCCUCAUCGAAAAGGAGGACCGGACCGUCUGGUACCCAACUGCCGGGUUCGUGGCAAGAAAAGGCGCGAAGGAGACGCCGAAAGCCAAGAUCGUGAUGCUGGCCAAGUUCGUCUCCAAGGAAACAGAAGGCGCGAGGGAUAAGCUGGUUGAAGUCCUCGGGAGUUUCUGUAACUGGGUUGAGGACAACGAGCCGACGACACUCACAUAUUGCGUGAUGACACGACCUGACGCACCUAACGAAGUUCUGCUCUUCGAGAGAUACAAGGAUCUAGGAGCCUUGGGCGUCCACGGAAAGACCGAACAGUUCAAGGCUAUGUUUAAGGGUACUGGUCCCUUUGUACAGGGCAGGAAGACGGUCCUCAGUGAGUGGGAGGAACUCGAUGACUCGUUUGUGAGCAACAAUGCCGGUGGUGCCGGCUUGCAAGCCAAGCUAUGAAGUUUGUCCAUAGGCUCUCGACCCGUAUCUAAUGUGAGUGACGAUGAGAAAUUGAAGACCUUUUCUCCAAGUCUGGGCAUUGCCCCCAGCUUCUCUGGCUGGAGGGACCUUUCGAGUUCACCCUCCCAACGAUCGUACUGUUUGUUGCUUGCACGAUGCUGUUCACUUUGUCUUGGCAAGGCUGGCAGCCCUGGCCCAAGGCUGAGUGCAGUAAUUUCUUCACUUCCUCUACGUUCUCUGAUGCAGUCUACAAGAACAAUAUCAAGAUCACUUUCAUCUGCUUGCUCGGCACAUUUGAACCAUCCCAAUCUGGGCGCCCACAUAAGUUGGCCAAACGCAUUGCGAGGGUGGGAUUCACCUGGGGUCGAGAUGGCGUUGUACUGCACAGCGUGUAUAACAUCAUAAGAUCAAUACC